AUGUCUGGACACAUUUCAUCCGACCAUUCUCGCUCGGCGUCAAGGUCAUCUCAAAAUCCACGACAGUCUCAAGGACAAUAUGAAUCGAUGCCUCGCCACUCACUUGGUCGCACGUCGCGCGCCUCUAACCCCAAUGUCUUCUCCGACGAAUAUUCCCUAGAACCCAUUUAUGUCGACCAAAUUGAGCGCGCGCCUAGCCCUGCCUCUAUAGCCUCUUCAACUACCUUAAACCAUCCCGCUCCAAAACCGUUUAGUGCGACCGCAGCAGAAAACGACGAUCCAUUUGCCGACGAUGCCCGGUCCUCCAUCGAUGAGCCGCCCCGUCGAUCCAGCUUACCCCAGAAGGGAGGCUUCGCGAACAAUCGAAAUUCCGUUACGUCUCUCAAUAAUGCCACCUUUGCUGGGCAAAGGACUCAGAGUGUCUCUUCCCGUUUCUCGAUACCACGCGCCCUCAGCCCCUACACCGGUGCGACCGGCCCAAGCCAUCCCUACUCUAUGUAUCCUCAGGUUGGUAUCGGUCGCUCCCCCAGUGUAGGAAGCACUUCGACCAUCCGCCCAUUCGAUCGUCCCUUGGGCGAGACGAGUGGUCCGCAACAUCCCUAUGGGAUGUACACCCAAAAUGUUGUCGAAGAAGGGAUGGAUGACGAAAUCCCGGUCGGCUUUCCCGGCCUCAACUCACAAUAUCAGUCGCCCCCUAGUCGUCGGAUGGAUGACGUAGGCGAUAUCAUUGGACCUGAUGGGCACACUGAACCUUUACCUCCUUACUCACGCUACCCAACAGGAGCGGCUCCUAAGCCCCCGGGUGUGCAGAUGCCAACCAUGGCCGAAGCGGAUAGCCCUGUCGAUAUCAACCUACCACCACAGGAAGACCAGCAACUCAGCUCGACUUCAAGGGAACAGACGAUCUCGAAUACAUCAUCAAGGGCUCUGAUCCCUCAGUCAUCUGCGAGCAGUGAGCCUAAUGCAGGUCCGGUAGUGAUUGGCGCUACGGGUGCUACAGCAGCCACGGGGAUCAUGGCAUUUGAGGAGAAACUCAAGCGGAAAGGAAAACAGACUGUAUGCUGUGGUCUUCCUGUCUGGACUAUUGUCCUUAUUGUUACGAUUCUGUUGAUCGGUGGGUCUAUUGGUGGUGUGAUUGGUGGUGUUCUUGGCACGAGAAAGGCCCAGGAGGCCGAUCGCAAGGCACAACAAGCCCAAGAGCAGCAGGGCCCACACAUUGUGACAGUGACGGCCUCGGCUCAGCUGGACUAUUCCUCCAUCACAUCUACACCGACAAACUAUAAGCCUGCUCCGACCGGCCAUUACUUGAUCCCAGCAAUUUUGCAAAACUACUCUCGAAUGUGUGUUGAGGAUCACGAUAUCAAGGAGGUCUGGAGCUGUUUGGAAGAACCCAAGGAUUUCGAGGUUUACGUCGGGAGCUCAAAUGGUCAACAGUCUAUUGUUUUCGCCAAUGAUGUUCCAACCUCUACCUUCUCUUAUGGAGCCCAGCAGCCGAUCCUUCCUACCCCCACGCAAAAUUUGAGCAUGGUCAUGGAUACUAGUGAUACAGGCCUUGGUGCUGCUCUAUUUUUCUGGUCCUACAUCGACAAGCUUGUCAUUCUCCCGGAGUCUGCCCUUGACUCCACUUCUGCUUCGAAGCGGGAUCUUUCCGAAGACAUUGUGUCAAGUUAUAUGGAACGGAAGGAGGUUGUCCAGUCUGGUGAGAAGCCGUGGUUCUGCUGGUGGAACCAGACGAUUCUGGAAUUUUUCCUUUAUGUCAACCAGACCGCAACAGAUACUUCUUACGAUGCUACUGCUGCCACUGGCGGCAAUCUCGCGGCAAGCAUGGCGACUGCCCAAGCCAAUGCCAAGCGUGAUGAUAUUACCAACUACCCCCGAAUCAUCAAGAUGGAAGAACGACGUGAUCAUGCAGGUGCCUCAUCCCCGUACUGUCAGCAAAUGCAGCUGGAGAGCAAUGGCCACAUUGAGUCCAUUCCCAAUAAGGUGUACUCAGUCCAGGAGAUUGAGCCUACACCGACCACUACCUACAUCAACACUGCCCAUGGCUCUAGUCAGACAUACACUGCCAAAGCACAAUGGGCAACACCAUGCUAUUGUCUGUCCUUGUCUGAUUAG